AUGAGCCCUGAACAUGCUGUCACUCUUGCUGAAGCCUCACACCAGGGGCUGAGCACUGAGUCUCCCUGGGACUCCUUCUGGCAGUUCCUGCUGCUGCAGAAGACUUCUCUUCACAUGCCAUGGCAUGAAACAGGAGCUGGAGCAGAGGAGACUUUUGAGGUGCUCUGUGCCAGACCCUGCCAUGCUGUCCCACCACUGUUCCCUUGCCUGCAGUUAGUCACACAUGACAACACCCUGUUUGAUUCAGGAUCAAGUCGCAGGGGGGGCCUUUCCAGGGGCAGCAGUCCACAGAGGUGGCAGAAUCGAGCUGCAAAACUGCUCCCAGACUGUGAUGCCAAUUGGCUGCAGAUCAGUGUGCAGCCAGCUGGAGAAGACUCCUUUCCAGGGAUCAUUGACAUACAUGGACUUGGAGGAGGUCUGGUUGAGCACAAAGCCAGCCUGCUGGCUAGUCAUGGCUUUGCCACACUGGCUCUGGCUUAUUAUCAAUAUGAGGAUCUGCCCCAGCAGCCAACUGAACUCCACCUGGAAUACUUUGAAGAGGCAGUGAACUAUAUGCUGCAGCACCCACAGGUAAAGGGACCAGGCAUUGGGCUGCUCGGUUACUCCAAAGGAGCUGAUCUGUCUCUCGCCAUGGCCGCCUUCCUGAAGAACAUCAGCGCCGUCGCUUCCCUCAAUGGCCCUGUGGCCAUCACAGCUGUUCCCCUCUGUUACAAGGACAAAACCAUCCCUCCCUUGCCCUUUGAUGAACGACGCAUCAAGGUCACGGAUUCCCAUAUUCUUGAUUCUUCUGAAGGUUCUAUCGACCCCUUUCAAGCCCCUGGCAACCAAAGCCUGAUCCCACUGGAGAAAGUUGAGGCACAGUUACUGUUCAUUGUUGGACAAGAUGAUCAUGUUAUUAAUUCCGAGUACUAUGCUAUGGCAGCCUGCAAGCUCUUGCAGGCUCAAGGGAAGGAAAAUUUUCAGAUUCUCUCCUACCCUGGAACAGGGCACUGUAUUGACCCUCCCUUUUUCCCUUUGUACGCCACAGGAAAGCACCCCAUUUUUCACAAGUGGGCAGUCCUGGGUGGGGAGCAUAGGGCUCACUCUAAAGCUCAGGUUCAUGCUUGGCUACAAAUCCAGGCUUUUUUCAACAAAUACUUAAAUGACAUCUAA